CCCUAAACCCGAGUAAAUAACUUGAAAGCUCAGAAACUGAGACGGAAACAGAGAAGAAGGACAGAGAGGGAGGAAACAAUGGCUUUGUAUCUUAGACGAGCAAUGAGAUUAAGAAACACGAUACAAACAGCACUGUAUCUUAGGGGCUCAAACACCCAAACCCACGACAUCUCUCACCUUCUUAUUUCUCAUAACCAGCAAAUCCUCCAUUCCCAAAACAGCACUCCUUUCCCUUCCUUUGCUUUACUCGGAGAUUCUCGACGAGGUUUUGCCAAAGGCAAAAGAUCCAAGGAUGAUUCUGGUGGGAGUACAAUGGAACUGGCUCCCGAUAUUGGGCCUUCUGUUAAAGCAAGUGCUUCAUCACAGAUGGAUGCUGCAAUAUUGGCCUUAUCGCGGGAGCUAGCCAAAUUGAGAACAGGAAGAGCUUCUGCAGGAAUGCUUGACCAUAUUAUUGUUGAGACGGAAGGUGUAAAGAUGCAGCUGAACCACUUAGCUGUUGUUUCUGUUAUAGAUUCAAAAACUUUGUCGGUGAAUCCGUAUGAUCCAAAUACUCUGAAAGCAUUAGAGAAGGCCAUUGUUUCAUCUCCAUUAGGCUUAAAUCCAAAGGUGGAUGGUGAACGGUUGGUCGCCGUUAUUCCACCAUUAACAAAAGAGCAUAUGCAGGCUAUGUGCAAGGUCGUUGCCAAGUCUUCUGAAGAUGUUAAGCAAAGCAUAAGAAAGGCUCGACAAAAGGCACUGGAUUCGAUAAAGAAAGCGAGUUCUAGUUUCCCCAAGGAUGAGGCCAAGAGAUUGGAGAAAGAAAUUGACGAGUUGACUAAAAAGUUUGUGAAGUCAGCUGAUGAAUUGUGCAAAGCCAAGGAGAAGGAGAUUGCUCAAGGCUGAUAACCAAUGUAAUGUUGAAUUUCUCCACAUUUGAAACCUUAAAGAGUCUUCUAUAGACGUAGAUUUUGAUAGAAACCACCAAUGAUUCGUAGAUUUUAUCUAAUCUUUCCCUCAAAUUCAUGCACUAUGUAGAAGCUUUCUUACGCUAAUAAAUUUUAGUUACAUGUAUGUAUGUUGUUAUCAAUUUUC